AGAUUAGCGAGCUAAAAUCAAAGCUGCAUGGAGGAAACAUUGAAACCAAACUUGCUGUGAAAGAAGAGGCUUUCGAAUUCGAAAUUGAUGACAAAGAACUUGAACAGAGCAACAACCCAAACAACAACAAUUCUAAUCCAGAGCUCAACUUUGAGAACUGCUUCUUUAAUGAUGGGAAUGGAAUUGCACUCGAGUCACUGUCUGAUAGUGACUCGAGUGCAAUCUUGAAUGACGAAAACAGCCCAAACACAACCAUCAUUUCAUCAUCCGGAGCUUUUGUUAUUACUUCCAAUGUAGGAUCAGGGUCAUCAUCCCCGAAUUCUAAUAAUUCGUCGUUGAAUUGCUUCCAAUUCUUGGACUCAAAUCUCGAACAUGAUGUCGAUGUUCCCAUGAAGUUGGUAAAAUUGGAGGAGUACAAUUUUUUCAGUGUUGAAGAAUCUUGUAGUACUUUGUUCACGGAUGAGCAAGCGCCUACGCUUCAUUGGUAUUGCCCGGGUGAUAUGUCAAUUGAAGAAGAAUUUUCUGUAUAGCGGGUAACACUAAGAGGAGUAUUGUAAGUGGUAGACUGGUUUAUUGUUGUUGUCGCCAUAAAUUGAGAUUUAGCUCUUUAUUUCUCCGGCUUGACGAAAAAUAAAAUAAAAAUGAGUAUUGUACUAA